AUGAGCGCCUUUAUGACUUUCACACACGAGGCACAGCACAACGGUCAAUUAUCUUCUGACGCUCUCAAGAACGCCUGUCAAAAUUGGGCCACCCGUCUCUCGCGUACUCUAAAUCCGCCAGAUGACACGCUCAGCUACAUAUUCCAAGCUUUCUGGAUUCGUCACCUUCUUUCCUGGCUCAAAUGGCAGUGGUGUUUGAAGGGUCUACAGUCUUGCCUUGUCGUCUCAUCUGAACGACAGAAAUUUGUUAAGUCUCUAACCUCGCCAUUUAUCAGUGCCAUCCUAGAGACUAAUAUCGCUUUAUUCUAUUAUAUCUAUUGCCUUAUCCUCAUCCUGGACCCCAUUCACGUGCAGUCCAAUAAAGCACUACCUGCCAUCAUUCCUGAUCCCAAAACAUCGACAAUACAAGCAUCGACACCACCUUCCACCUCCGAAAUGUUGAAGAAGGGACCAUCAACUCCCAUACUUACUCCUCCCUCACAGCUCAUCGGAACUCUACGUUGUUCCCCUUCUAGUCCACCCUUUACACCACCCUUACCACAUUCCCCCUCCCCGAAACUAGAAAUCGCUGUGUCUCAUGCUGGCACAUCCAAAAAGCACAUGUUAGAUGAACUUGGGCUCGAUAGCGAUAUCUCAUUCGAAUGCGUCGCCCUUGCCCCUACAAAACACCCGAAACGAGACAGGCUGAUUCUACAGCCAGAGGCAGGCCAAAGCGACAAGAACGCCAGAAAGUAA